UGCCCCCACGGCCGUAUACGAUCUCGAUGCAAGGAGUGCGGGGGAGGCAGCAUCUGCCCCCACGGCCGUCAGCGAUCUCGAUGCAAGGAGUGCGGGGGAGGCAGUAUCUGCCCCCACGCCCGUAUACGAUAUGGAUGUAAGGAGUGCGGGGGAGCCAGCAUCUGCGUCCACGGCCGGAGGCGAUCUCGAUGCAGGGAGUGCGGGGGAGCCAGCAUCUGCCCCCACGGCCGGAGGCGAUCUGAAUGCAAGGAGUGCGGGGGAGGCAGCGUCUGCCCCCACGGCCGGAGGCAAUCUCGAUGCAAGGAGUGCGGGGGAGGCAGCGUCUGCCCCCACGGCCGGAGGCGCUCCGAAUGCAACGAGUGCGGGGGAGGCAGCAUCUGCCCCCACGGCCGUCAGCGAUCUACAUGCAGGGAGUGCGGGGGAGCCAGCAUCUGCCCCCACGGCCGUCAGCGAUCUACAUGCAAGGAGUGCGGGGGAGGCAGCAUCUGCCCCCACGGCCGUCAGCGAUCUCGAUGCAAGGAGUGCGGGGGAGGCAGUAUCUGCCCCCACGCCCGUAUACGAUAUGGAUGUAAGGAGUGCGGGGGAGCCAGCAUCUGCGUCCACGGCCGGAGGCGAUCUCGAUGCAGGGAGUGCGGGGGAGCCAGCAUCUGCCCCCACGGCCGGAGGCGAUCUGAAUGCAAGGAGUGCGGGGGAGGCAGCGUCUGCCCCCACGGCCGGAGGCAAUCUCGAUGCAAGGAGUGCGGGGGA